AUGGUCCUCCUCAUAACAACACCCACCAUCGUCGCCGCCCUACACGCCCUCUCGCCCUUUGCGCGCGACCAGCUGAAUCUCGCGCAGACACCGCCGGAAAUCGGGGCGCCUAUAUCACACGACGAGGUAGUCUCGCUGGCGCGCGCAUUCGCCUCUCCCCAGCAGGACGAGAAUGAUAUAAAAGAAAAAGUAAAAGAAAAUGGAGGCAAGCGGUAUACAUUGAACGAGCUGUUGCGCGGGUCGGAUGUGUACACGCCACCGGCUGCGAAAAAGGCUGAGCCAACCCCCGAAUACCUCGCACUCAAAAAGCGUCUCCAAGCACUCGCCGAAGAACAAGCGUACAACCAACUCAUCGCACCUUCCUCCUCAUACAAUUCAUACAAGCCCUCUCCAAUUUUCACAUCGCAAGAAGAAGCCGAAUCGACAGCCGACAACGACCCGCUCAGUCCAUCCUUUGUCCUCAACGUGUUUUUAUCCAUCUUACUCUGCGGCUUUGCCACCUUUUGGGCACUGAAGAAUUUCCAAACCCCUGCUUUCAUGACUCUGGGUACAAAACAAAAACCUGUCGCUGGAAGUGCGGCGCACUCGGAGCCUGUGUUUGUGCUGAUUUCCAUGUUUGUUGGACUGCUGGUGGGUGUUGCUGAGGUCGUUGUUUAUGCGGCGUAUUUAAGAAAAGUUGCGCAGGCGAAAGCCAAAGAGAAGAGCUUUAAGGAGAGGAAGGAUGUUGUCAAGGAUGAUGCUUCUUCCUCGGAUGAUACAGCAGCAGCACCAGCACAGGUAGAUCAGACAAAAGAGGAGAUAUGGGGGAAGGGGGUUAAUGGAGGCGUGCGCAGAAGGGUGAGGGAGCGGUGGGAGCAGACGUAA